UUGAAUUCUGUUUCGAAAUCUAUGCAAAAUGGAGGAAAACAAAUUUCAGAUCGCUGACUAUGUCAUAUUUGGAGCGAUGCUCCUUGUUUCAGCCGCAAUAGGAGUAUACUACGCUUGCGCUGGAGGGAAACAACGAACAAAUAAAGAAUUUCUUAUGGCGGAUCGCAGCAUGAGGUCACUUCCGGUUGCAAUAUCGGUCCUUGCAAGCUUCUUUUCAGCAUCUACACUAUUGGGUACCCCUGCAGAAAUUUAUGAGUAUGGAAUUCAGUACUGGAUAUCUGUUUUUGGCGCCAUUUUAGCCCCUAUGACGGGGGCUUUCUUGUUCGGUCCGAUUUUCUUCAAUUUGAAAAUCGUUAGUGUAUACGAGUAUCUUGAACUCAGAUUCCAUUCCAAAUCCGUCCGUUUGUUUGCAGCAGCAUUGUUUAUUUUACGACUGAUAAUGGGAAUGGGUAUCGUAUUGUAUGGACCAUCGACAGCACUUGGAGCAGUAACGGGAUUUCCGGUGUGGGUGAUAAUUUUAAUAGUAGGCGGAGUUUGUACGUUCUACACAACACUGGGAGGGAUGAAAGCGGUGAUCUGGACCGAUGUUUUUCAGACCAUUGUCAUGUUUGCCGGAAUGUUAGCCGUUUUUAUUCAGGGGUGUAUUAAAGUUGGUGGCCUUGACGAAAUGUGGAAUAUUAACUACGAAGGUGGAAGAAUUAAUUUCUUUAACUUUGAUCCAGACCCACAUGUAAGGCAGACAUUUUGGUCGUUGACUGUCGGGAUAUAUUUUGUAUGGUUGUAUCCUUACACUGUGGAUCAACAGAUGGUGCAGAGAUUCUCCUCCGCUCGCUCUUUGAAGGAUGCAAGAUUCGCAUUGAUUUGUAAUGUUCCCGGGAUGUUCCUCCUGAUAACAUUGUGUUCUCUCACUGGAUUGGCUCUCUAUGCUAACUACGUCACUUGCGAUCCAUUAAAAAAUCAUGAUGUUGCGAACCCAAAUCAGCUCUUACCGUAUUUUGUGAUGGAAGUCUUUGAGGAUCUGCCUGGAUUACCAGGACUAUUUGUGGCAUGUAUGUUCAGCGGUGCACUGAGUUCCGUGUCUUCCAUGUUGAACUCGUUGGCAGCUGUGACUUGGGAGGAUUUCCUUAAGUUGAGAUUUGGUCACCUAUCGGAAAGCAAUGCAACGAAAAUUACACGAGCUCUCGCAUUCUUGUUCGGUCUCCUUGGAAUUGGAAUGGCGUUUGCUGUCAAAGAGAUGGGCGGGACUGUCCUUCAGGCAUCUUUGACGUUUAAUGGUUCCGCCGGAGCACCACUUGUCGGGGUUUUCAUUCUCGGUGCAUGCUUCACAAGCUCCAAUUGGAUUGGUGCGCUGGUUGGAGGAUUACUUGGUUUCGCUUUCCCUAUGUGGGGUGGAAUCGGAAAAUACGUCUCGCCACCACAGAACUUCAAGCUUCCUACAUCCACUCUGGGCUGCAACUCUAACGAUACUAGUGUUCAUGAUGUCAUAAUGUCAAGUGACUAUCUGACAAACGAAACACACCCCACCUUAGAAGGACUUGACCAGUUAUAUGGUAUCUCCUACUUGUGGUUUAGUGCCCUAGGUGUUCUGAUAACUGUUUGUGUUGGCUUAAUAGUGAGCUGGUUUACAAAAGGCCAAACCGACAAAACCGGGAAGGUACCAGAUCACCUUAAGCUGAAAAUGUGGGAGAAUCUUUGUAUGUGCCUAUGUUUUCCUCCAGGUAUUAUUGAAAAGGAACAAAAGAAAGAGCAGUUACGAGAACAGCUCAAGAACGUUCCGCCAAUAUUAUACAGUCACCGUGAGAAAAGGUCCAGUGUUUUGUAUUUGCAGCCUCCUGACGCCACCAUAGAAGUAACAAUUAACCACAAUGACUCUAAAACGACAUCCGAUUCCAAAGAUCUUGUAUAAAACAAUGCAAAAUUCGCAUCGAAAGCUAAAACGGAUAAAAGUGUAUCAUUUGUGGAUUCUUCAAAUGUAAAAGAGAUAUUGCAAAGUAUCAAACAAUAAAAAUUACAUGUUUUUAUAUUAUCCACAAAGCGUAAAUGGUGUUUUAGAGAUAUGUAAUGUUGCCUAAAAAUAAAUUAUUUAUAUGUUGAAUUGGUUCCAACUACUUCUAUAUUUAUAAACGAAUUCUGU